GCGGUUAGAAGCGUCGGGGACGAUUCCCGGGCCAGGGACUAGAGCCAAGAAAACCUCUUUUUGUAGCAGAUCAAACAAAGCAAGGAAAUAUGUGAGGGCAAAUCUUCAUUGGCUCCCUCUCGACAUGGGUAUGGCAGACGAAUGCCCGCCAUUGGCUUCCCAGCGUCAUGGCGGCGAGACCCAGCAAGGAAAGCCGGCCGACGGCGCUUUCUCUCCGGAGAAGAUGCUGGAACUUGAGAGAGAGGCGCUUCGUGCCACGAUCAAAGCGAGAUACCAAAGAGAGCGAGAGAAGGAUAGUACAUCAGCACUGGCUGCAGCAUCAAGUAGCACAAGGUUGGAAUGCGAUGAUGAAGGGCGUUUCGCCGUGGCCAGCGCGUCCUUGAAGCAACAGGCCGCAUCGCCAAAGUCCCACAAAGCGUCGGGAUCGCGAACACGACAACGACGCAUCAAGUCUGCAGCACCUCGCAUGCCCUCGGGCACUGCUUCCUCGCAACUUGGUCGUCGCAUUGGCGCAUUCGCGACUACUGCUGGCCACCAUGGUUCGCACCAGUCGCUCAGCUCAGGAUCAUCCGCUCUGCUCUCUUCCGAGUCAUCCACCUCGGUUAUAGCGGAACAGGGUGCGGGACGUUUUGGAGAUUCAAAAGGACCGAUGUUUCGAAGAUCGACAGCAGCAGCAGCUGCAGCUCAAUCGCAAAGAGAAGGCCUCUCAAGCAGCAGUGGUCAAUGCACACGGGCCACAUCCCGGCAUCUGAUGGAGCGACCGGAGCGUCCACACUCCAGCUACACGCGGCCCAGCAGUGCAGUGCAUCAGGCGAGGCAAUCACAGCUGCGUCGGCGCAGUGUCUCAGAACCGAGUCAACUGCACAUCGAUGUCAAUGAUAUACACCCUAUCGUUCAAGGUACCAGGAGAGGAGGGAAUCCAUCACAAGAUGCCACACCGUCAUCCUCAAACCACUAUAUGCGCCCAUCAGCAGCAACACCUAGAAAGCGGCCACAGUCGGCAAUGCCGCGACUCCAGCAAACGCCACCACAGCAGCAACGGCCUACAUCAGGGUCAUACAGUCAAGUAUUUCGCCUCAGCGGAAUGGAAAACGACUCCGCAGGAACGGAGUUAUCUGUUCAGGGAAGAAAGCUAUCAGUGCCAUCGGCCCGUGCUUGGCCUGGCCUGCUGGAGGAGAUUGAUGAAGAAGACUGGCUUCAACGUGAGCAGGAAGAAGAGGAGCUGGCAUUCCUGAUGCAAACAGAUCCGGCAGCAGCACAGCAGCAGGAGCUCCGCAAAGCACUGCACAUCAAAAAAUUGGAAACAGGAUCGAGACCACCGUCGGCGAAUGAUUGGCGAAAGGGCCGAAUUGCAAUCCCCCAGUACCAUUGUGACAGAUGCAAAGACUUCUGGGAAAGAACAGGCAACGUGCCCGAGGAGUGCGUGCGGAACAUGAGAAACAUUCCUGGCUUCAACUGGUCACGGCCACGAUCCGGCAAGGGAGGAGCAAGACGUAGCGAUACACUGCAAGUCGGUGACGAGAUGAUGGUACCGGUCAAUAGUGCCAUUAGCAUCGGGGCUGAUGGCAACGGUGAUGAGGAUGACGAUGGCGAAGGACGCUCCCUGCACAGGGCAUUGUCCACCAUUGCUGGAUCAGAGGUGGGCGAUAUGCUCAAGUCUGGCGCCUCCAGCCGUAGCAAUGUACACUCAACGGAUGAUGGCGCAGAUGCGAAAGGAGUGGGAAAGCAUUGGUCAGGGGCACUUGACGGCGAUGAAGGCAGUUCAUUAUCCGCUGAUGAUCCAAGAACAUUCAUUGGUGCUGAUGGCAAAGUAUAUACACCUGGAGAUGACCUAGAACAAUACAAACCGCAACACAUACCACCAGCAUCCCCGAAGAAGUCAGGUAGGAAGACAUCUGCAAAGCGUCGAAAGUCCAAACGAGCCAAGUCAGCACUGGGCAGAUCCAGUGGGUCGGCAGUAAGCAUGACAGAGGAAGACAAUGGAGCAGGUGGUGAUGAUGCAGACAGUGAUGGGCACACGGGACUAGAUGGGAUUGACGAUUCAGAUGGAGAUGAUGGCUCAGCCACUGCUGCAGGAAACCCUCAAACCAUUCGAAUGAUAAAUGGACUUCGCAUUCCCAUCGACACCAGUGGCACUGCCAAGGCCAGCGGUGCAGCAAUGGGGAUCAAACGCUCGUCAAAGAAGAAGCCCAAAGAGCCACUGAAGCUGGAGAACAUUCAGGACAGGUUCACGCGAGCAUUCACCUUUACCUACUACGUUCCCAGCAAGUCUCAUCGCGACGAGGUCACGUCCUGGAAAGCCAAGAGUAAAGGAGCUAAAUGAUCUACGCAUAUGUAUGUGGAUGUCAGACUUUCCGACGAGCUGCACUGCACAGUUAUGAACACGUAUAUCGCAGCAGCUAUCUAUGUUACUGACGUCAGGCUGGCCCUCAUGAAAGUCUGCAAUAUUCGUUUUCUCGGAAAUCCAUAUCAGUAAAUGAAACUUGCCUCGUUGAAAGGGAAUAUGAUACUACUAGUAUUGUACUACUCCCUGGUACCAUUGUAUUCUGUUUGCAUUGUAAUUAUGAUCAGAUUAUUCUAUUUCCAAAAGAAGAAUUUUAUAACAAUGGGAGAUCCCAUACCACAGCAUUAUCCUAAGCCUCUCAUAUUUCUCUAACCUUUUAUUAUAUUUUUUGUAAAGAGAAUUUGUAUUUAUCUCGACAUUUCACGCACCUCAGUGCGCAUCCCGGAGCUUUGCCUCCACCAAUAUCUUGCUUCAAAGAACUUGCCUUUGGAGGUAUUUUGCAAGGCAAAGUAACAUGCCACUGAAUUGACAACAACAGACGUUUCGUCUGUUGGCAGCUUCA